AUGGCGAUCUCAGCGCCGUCGGCCGCGGGCCUGGCAGUGUUUGUCAGAACGGGGAUUUCUUGUGUCUGGACCCUUCCCGCCGCAUCCACCCUAUCAACGCGAACGACCGUCCGGAGCGGACAGAUCGGCUGUGUCGUUGAGACAUGGGAAGACCUGUACGAGGGUGCUGUACACGACGCUAGCGGCCCUUUAGUGCUAUCACCAGGCUGUUCAGUUGCAUGUUACGCUUCCGUCGACGGCCCGCCUGUUACCAAAUGUUGUAAGACUGGCUACACAAACCCGAUAGGCGUUUGCUUGUGUAUUGCCACACGCUCUUGGUCCAUGACUGUUUCUAGUUGGGAAAUCUUCGAGGCAUGUGCAACUUCGCAAAUUGCUUGGAGGGGGGGUGUCGACAUGGAGACGACGUGGAAGCGCCUGUGA